GCGUGGCCCCACCGUUCCCCCCGUUGUUCGCGUCACCGUUCCCGCGCCAUGCCAUGAUGCGGUGUUUGGAGUGCUGGAGAUCGGAUGAUGCACGGGGCUUGGUGGAGAUGGUGGUGGGUCGCCAUCACCAUUCGCGCAGAGGAGCCCAAAGAUCUGUAUCAGAGACUGAAGAAUGACCCUGCGAUAUGGGGUGAUGAAAACCCCGCCGGCUUGGUUGCCUUGCCCUGUCGCAAGCGACGCAGCGUCUGGAACUUCCAGAGAUGCUGCGCGCGUUCCGCCGAGCAACUGGCCGCCAUGAGCGACAGAGAGCUGGAGGAGGAGUUUCAGGAAUGUUUUCAAAGAGGCAGCGCCCCUGAGAUCAGAUACGCCCUGGAAACCUGCUGCGAUGAUCGAGGGGCGGUGCUCAUGUCCAAUAACCUGUGGGAGAGCUACUUUGACUUGGCGGUCUGUUUAUCCAACUGCACGCCCUCGGACCUUUCGGUGGCGCCGGACUGCGGCUGCGAAGCGUCCUUCGUGAAACGCGCCUUACGACACGCGCAGGUGCCGCAGAAGAUGCAGAAAGAUCUCGCGGGAUGGAUCACCAGGAGCAAGCCUUAUUGGGAGCAGCAGCUGAGAACAAAGCUCCUGCAGACGCCCAAAGAUUUCACUGAGGAGAACCUGCGCUUUGCCCUCCGCAUGUUGGAACAUUUGAUCAUCUCCCCGCAGCUUAGCACCGUGCCGGCACCUGGAGAAGCAAUGCCUAAUACGCAUUGGAGCUUCCCUGGGGCAUCCGCGCUGCAUGAAGGUUUGACCUCCAAGUUGCUGAGUUUUCGCCCCAAGAAGCUCCGCUGGCUGCGAACCUCGUCGCCGUCGUCCUCGCGGCGCCUGCCGCCGGUGCACCUGGCGCUGAUUGCGUCGGUGGGGGAACCGCCCUACGGGCGUCAGGCACUGGCGACGGUGCGCAGCGCCCUGUACUUUGCGAAGACGCGGAAGUUGCACUUUCACAUCUUCGUUGACAACAUUGGCAUGGCUGACAUGGAAGCUGCGAUGCGAGAUCACCUGGAACCAUGGCUGAGGGCACGGAUCAGCAAGGUGGAUUACUACGGCGGGGCAACUAUGAAGGAGGUGUGGCCCGUGGUGAAACGUCACGUCCCUGCGAGUUGCAUGGCCCACAGUCGCGAGUACGGCUUUCCUGGCUGGAUGCGACUCUUUCCACACGAGGUGAACUGGAAAUGGCAAAUUGAGCACCUCAUCUGGGUGGAUGCUGGGGAUUUCAUCUUCUUCGCCGACCCGGCCUUGCUGCUGGAGCAGCACAAGGAACAGGUGAAGCGAAGCAACGUGGUGGCCACCUACUCCAAGAAUCAGCCUUGGCCCUUGCAAGUCUUCUCCCUACAACGGAUGAAGGAAGUGGGCUGGACCACCAUGGUGGGCCGUUUUAUCGGUUCCGAAUGGAAGACUAAUCGCUCCGGGGAUCAUGGUCACCUCUGCUUCAUGGCGGAAGGCAUUUUCAUGACGUUGAUCGGCCGCUACUUUCCCCAACACUUUGGCAGCGUUGCGGAUGAAUGGGCGCACGAGCCACGGCUGCCGUUCUUCAACGGGGUCCUGCAGCAGCCGGAGCGCACCGGCGGCUUCCGCGACAGCCCCAGCGUAUGGAGCCGCCGGGAGCAUCCGGGCUUGAUUGAUCCAACUCGGGCCUUUAUCUUUUGUCCAAGCUACGGUGAAUUCUGGGCCCACGCAGUGGCAACCAUGCACUAUCCCUUCUUUAUGGUGGAAGCCGCACAAGUCUUCGAGCGAGCCCGACUGGAGAUCUCGUACAUGCUAAUGGAGGGCAAGUACGACGAGUCGCCCAACUAUGGGACCCAGGAUCUGCGAUGUGGUCGACCUGUUCUCGGAAUGCACCUGAUUCGACAGUUUCAUGGUCAUAUACCCUGGAGCAUCCGCUUAUUGGAUUUCUGGAGUAAUGCCACGGCACUUUGGGGCAAGCGCUUUCGAAACCUCGGAAAGGAGGAACCCAGCGAGCAGAGAGCCCUGCCCGUGGGUGCGCACGAGGUCAUUUGAGAUCAGCAGUACGACCACCUCAAACGGCACCAACGACGCGUGUUGCACCAGCCCUCACGGCACACGCAGCGCUCGCAGCGCUCGUGGUGACGGCGCUCGUGGAGAAGUGGCGAAACGGCGACGGGAAUGGCGGUGCUGAGACUGCGCAUCAAAAAAA